GCAAAGAAUGUGGCCAAGCUAGCCAGCCGGUGGGCACUCCCUGGAGACAACCACAUCCCUGGCUCUUGCAAUCGCAGGAUGUGGGGGACCUGUCGUGCCAGCCUGGCACAUUUCUGCUGGUGCCCUUUGGCAUAAACAUCGGCCAGCCCUGCACUGGGGGCAUCUAGCGACGGUUCCCCUGGCCCACUCUGCAGAAUGGGACACUGAGUGCCUCAUGUUCCGGUCACGGCGAGCCAGCUUGAUUCAACAGCUCUGGAGGCAUCGCUGUGUCGCACCAGGCCUGGAUGAGAGCCACGGGCCCCUGAAACCAGCUGCUCAUGCCCUCUUCAAGAAGCUGAAGGACCAGGAGCUGGAGCUGCUGCUGCAGGCGGUGGCGAGCAAGGGAGCAGGCGAGUCGGGCUGCGUCUGGGUGGAACCGCGGGGAUCCAAGCUAGGCCUCCCGGCCUCCCUGCUCCUCUGCCGCCUCUACCGCUGGCCUGACCUGCGCCAUCCCCAUGAACUCAAGCGCCUGAGCUUCUGCAAGAGCGCUGGGGCCGAGGGCACCAUCCAGUGUUGCAACCCGCACCAUCUUAGCCGGCUCACCAUUCCUGAAACUCCUCUGCCCCCCUAUGGCAAGAUCUCCCCUUUUGCCCCACACCUGAAAGGACCCCCCAGCAUUUUGGACAACAAUUGUAGAGGAUGGCAAGAUACGACCCUCUCCCGUCGCUCCCUCAGAGAUGGCUACUGGUGCAAACUGGCUUACUGGGAGUACCGCUUGAGGGUGGGAAGGCUCUACCCCGUCCAUGAAGAUUAUGUGAACGUCUUUUUUGACCUCCCGGCAAGCAGCGGCUUCUGCCUGGGCCAGCUUCCCUCGAGGAACCGUUGCCAGGCUGUCCAGCGGACCCGGGCCAAGAUUGGGCAGGGUCUUCUGCUGAGCCGUGAGGCCAACGGCAUCUGGGCCUACAACCGCAGUGAUCACCCCGUUUUCGUCUGCUCCCCCACUUUGGGGGCUCCCCCAGCCAGCUCCGGCCCCAUUGUCCAGAAGAUCCUUCCAGGCUACUCCAUCAAAGUGUUUGACUACGAGCGAGCUGGCAACCUUGUGCCGGGGUGGCCAGGCUCAAACGAUGGCCCUUACGACACCCACGCUGUCCGGAUCAGUUUCACCAAAGGCUGGGGGCCACACUAUUCCCGUCGGUUUAUCACCUCUUGCCCCUGUUGGAUGGAAGUUCUGCUCAACACACCUAGAUGAAGGAGUGGCGGGGAGAAGUUGGGGGAAAGGGGGUGGCUUUAAGGCCUUCUCUCUCAGCCCUGGAGUGGGGUUCAGGAGGGGAUGAAAGAGAGAGAGAGAGAUAAGAGUUCUAAGAGGCUUCCAAUGGCUUUCCUGAAUUAUUAUUAUACAGGUUGAGGAGGUAGGCUAGGGGAGCAAGCAUACAAACACAGUUAGCGGUAGUCACAAGACAGGUGUAGUGCAAGGGUCCAGCAAGCUCAGGUUAACAGUAAACUGCUUUUUACAAAAAUCUAGGCUAUUGACCUAAGCCAGGGAGGAAAAACCCUGCAGUAUCUCCUCCAGUUAAUUCUCAGCAGCUUCCACCUAGGUACCAAGGAAAGUAAGGCCUCCCCUACUGAGGUGCUCUGACUAAUAUAACAUAUCCUCCAACUGUCCCAAUUCAUCCUCUGUCCUCUCACUUUUCUGCUGGCUUUUAAAACGUCCCAGUUUCUUUCUUCUCCCUCCUUUGUCCUCAGCUUACUUCAGUUGCUGCAAACCAGAAUGCAGAAGUAGUUUGUAUUAUCAGGAGCAGGAGAAGAAAAGAAAGGGUGAAAUCUUGCCCUGCCCAGUAGAAUCAACAAAGCAAACUGCUGCAGCUUCUCUUAGCUUGUGUGUUCUUCCUCCUUAAUAACGUUUGCUAUCUUGGUCACAUGUGUCCCAGUUUUCAUCUGUAAAAUGUUGGAGUGUGUGAUACGAAAUUCAUCUUGUCCCUGACUCUCAGCCCUGCAAUGUCUUAAGUCUAGGAUGUCUUAAGUCUAAACUGGUUUCAGACGGCUUUUCACACAUUUGCUAUGCAGCACUGGUAUUGCAAUUUGAAGGUAUGAUUUAAAUUUUGCUAGUUGUGGAUGUUGCGACGAUGAGCAUGACAUCCAGUGGUACAUGGGAAUUACGAUUUGUGAGUAACAUUAGUGCAAAAAAACAUUGCUAAGGAUUAUGUACGGUGUGAAAUGGGAGGUAGUCAAUGGGAGAAUAACGCCAACCCUAGUGCACAAAUAGUCAACCUAAUAUCAAGAAAUGGGUGUUGGGGGCACUAGGGUUGUCAUCCAAGAGGAAAGGAGGUGGUAGCCCCCAAAACCUUACUGCUUAAACCUUUUGUGUCAUUUUAAAAAGUUAUUCUUAUAUACGAUAGGCCAUACUGACCUCACAUUUACAGGGUCCAUAUUCUGUUUUUAAAAACUAGAAAGCUGAGGUUUAUAAAAACAAAAUGAUGGUGGGAGAGGUCAAAGUUUAACUGCGCACCCCAUGACUGAGAUACAGUUCUAGAUAUUUCUUUUUUUGUUAGGUAGCUUCAAGCUGUGCUCCAGUUUAUGGUGACUCUGUUGUAGGGUUUUCUUGGAAAGAUUUGUUUGGAAUGGUUUUACUUAUUGCUUUCCUCUGAGGCUGAGAGAGUGUAACUUGCCCAAGGGCACCCUGUGGACUUUCAUGGCUGCAGGCGGAUGGAUUCAAAUCCUGGCCUCCUUGUCCAACACUCAGACCAUUACUUCUCAUUGACUCUCAGACCGAAACUGGUAUUGGCAUAGACACAGGCACAAAUCAAUACAGUGGGCCCUUGGCAUCCGCUGAGGUUUGGUUCCAGGACCCCUCAAGGUUAACAAAAUCUGUGGAUGCUCAAAUCCCAUUUGCAGUUUAGGGAAAGACAUUUAGGAUUCAACUGUCUCUCCAAAUGACAAACUCCAGGAUUCCAUAGGAUGCAGCCAUUAUGGUUAAAGUGGAAUCAUAGUGUUAUAAUUUUGUAAUGUGGAUGGGCCCCUUAUCUUUGGCCAGAAAGAUGCACAAAUGAUGGGGAUGUUUGGCGGCAAAUGUAGGAGAACCCAAAGGGAGAACGAAAUGAGAUGGGAAGGAGGCAUGUUCAUAAAAGGGAGGAUGGGAAAUUUCCUCCAAUACUGUGAAUCAUUCUCAAGGAUGCAGUUGAAGGAGGAGAAAGUUAUGAAUCGAUGUGGAGGACUAUGUUGAAAGUGAGGAACCUGGGAGAGCCGGAGGAGGCAAGGAAAAAAAAACUCAAGAAGGCACCAAGAUAAGUGAAGGAAGAGCGAUUAGAAUUAGAGCUUGGAAAUAGUUUUGGAUUACAGCUCCCAGAAUACCAGAAUGGGAGCUAUAGUCCAAAAGACAACCAUGUUGCAUCAUAAUACCAUUGUUUGGAGAAACAAAUUGAGUAAUUUCCUAACACAGUUAUGUGGGUGGUGUGAAUAUGGCACUACUCUCCAGAUACAUUUGCUGCACCCUCAAAGUGUUUCGUCUAAUGCAGUAAAUCCCAAACGGUGGUCCUCCUGAUGUUUUGCACUUCAGCUUCCAGAAUUCCUAGGACCAAAUUUUGAGGAUCACUGCUAUGUCUCAAGUCUAUCUGUUUGGUAUACCUUGCAUAACAGCUGUAUGCCAUGUUGCAAUUUCCUCCACUCUUUAAGCCGACAGAAGCCAAGGAUCAAGGCUUAAAUGUCACAAAGCAGGAAGGGAGCCAAUUUUGGUGUUACACAGAACUCUUCUUCCUUAAGUACAAUAAGGUGGGGAGGGAGAUGCUGGUGAUGGAGACAGUGUCAUACAGCCAGAGGUAAAGGGCCUGUUCUUGGUUAUAUUCACAAUUAAAUUGCUUUUAAAAGUGUAAA